AUGAUGGGCCAUGGCAAGAUUGGCCAUGACCAGGGCCACUUUCCCCUCCCUGUCCUGACGAACUUUCAGGCCCGUCCGGAUGAUUGGCAAUCUGGUGGCCGGCUCAAACGACAUGGGUUACAUGCACCCGGUGGCGGACGCCCAGUGGUCGUGGACGUGGAAGCUGGGGCGGAGAGGUGUCCUCCCCGUGGCAUCUUCAACAACGAGGCCCAUGGCACCGUCACGGGCGUCUACCUGUUCACGCAGAAGGGUGGAGCCUGCCAGACCAUUAACCUCUACACAAUUUGGAAAGCCGCCCACGUGGCACUCUACCUGUCCGAUGUGAUGCCUUCGCAGACCCAGCUGAACAACAUCGUGGUUGCGGAUUCGCACAUAGGUAUCAUUCCGUACAUGAGCGUUGGGUCCGCCUUCAGGCGAUUGUAUCUCCGGAACACCAUCUUCAUCGGUACGUCGCCAGCGGGAACUGACUGCAGUCGCUCUGUGCAAUGCCGAACGCAGACCUUGACAGAUCCCUACAUGCUGACCUGCAGCUCCAUGUACACGGGCUCCAAUUUCCGACGCGUAGGGUUUGUGACUCCAAUCCAGACUGUGAACAAAAAGAGUUGCUGGGCCACCAAGCCCGGCUAUCAGUGUCGCUUGAUGUCCCCUGCGCAACCGAGCAUCAAUCCAUGCCAUCAGCCCUGGGAGAAGGACAUCCACAUGCAGAAGGGCUUGGGUUGGACCUUCUUCGAAGAUACCACCUUCGCGUAUUACAAGAGCUCCGAUUGUGGCAUGACGGAUCGGGCCAUUGCACCCAACAUGUGGGGUGCAGAGGUGAACUUCCCAGCUACCUUCACUCGUACCACUUGGUAUGAGACCGACCUGGACGCUCGUUUCGAGCUGAGUACUGAAAUCUUGGACGAUUCCUACGGCGGCCGUGCCAGCCCCUGCAAGAGUACGGGCGGCGGCUGCAUGGGCUUGGACCAGUUGCUGUUCCAAGACAUGGACGGAACCCUCACAGGUUUGGAUGCUUCGCCUAUGGCCACCGUGCUUCCUUUGACGCCUCGCACGGAUAUCGUGUGGGCUCCUUUCUGUGAGACCAUGCAGGACGGAGUGAGCCUCGGAGCGCAGGUCUGUGCCAACACCACAGUGGACCUGUUGGAAAUGAUCAACUUGGAUCGUGGUGCCAAGGAUAUUAAGUUCGGACCUUUGGUGUUGACACCAGAUGUUCCAGAAGACAACGGCUUCCAGGGAGGUGUUCUCAGCAGUGUUGGACCUUUCUACGCCUCCUGCCCUUGCGGUUGGGAUUUCUCCUUCUAUCACGUUCUCAUUAAGCCAGACACCACUUACUACGCCGAAGUGAUGUCUCUGCCCGAGAACUUUAGGCUGCGGUAUUGGUCCCCUCGACCUGACGAUAAAAUCCUGCUGGAGAUUUUCUACCCGGACAGUCGCGGGGUGAACGUCUUUGUUGGCGGAGCCAAAGAUCCUGACAUGGCGUUGAAAUUGGGAGAGAAGCCCACGAUGAAUGACCCGCAUGGCUCCCAUGUGGUGGACGCUCAGGCCUUACGUCUGUAUGUUGUCCUGCAUGGCUCUGAAGAGGGCUUCAGCGCUCGGAAGGAUCUGGUGAUCCGUCGAACACCGACGGUGAAGCUCAAGAUGAACAUCGAGAUUACCAUCGAGGAGUUCAAUGCAGAUCAGUUCCAGACGAAUUUGGCGAUUCUGCUGGGCAUUCCGCCGGAGCGCAUCGUUGUCGCGGCUGUGGCCGCCCGACGGCGCUUGUCGCUGAUGGACACCUCAGAAGAGUCGGAUGAGGAUGUUGCGCUCGACUGGGACGAGAUGACAGGCAUGCCAGGGCCCCAGCUAGCGAAGAGUUCUGUUUUUUUGUUCUCAAAGUGUCGACGCCUGGUGGUGAAUUCGCAAACGGCGCUGGACAUCUCGAUUUCGCCGUCCACUGAUGCGGCGGCCGCUGCCUCCGGCGGAGAUUCCACCAGCCAAGGUGCCGAUGCCCUGAACGCUCAGACCAAUGAGCUCACGGAGGUAUCCAGCAACAUCGCGGCGCUCUCCACCAGCCCAGAGUUGGCGGCAGCGGUGGGCGCAGAGGUCACUGUCUCGGAUAUUCAGGAGCCAGCCACUGUGGACGAGGCUGCGAACGAGCAAGUGCCCUCGGCCAAUGAAGUGACGGAAGUGCAGGUGGUGGACAUCACUGCGGUGGCCACCACCAGUGGCAACGCAGAGGUCUCAGCUGAGGCACCAUGCUUGACGGCCUUUGGAGUCACGGUGAGGAAUGCUCAGUGGGGAGGAUGA